AUGGCGAAAAGAAGCGCCGCCGCCGCGCCAGAGUCCCGGAGCCGGCGCGGCGCCCGCGCCCACGCCGUCCGGUUCCUCCAGAGGAUCCAUCACCGCUUCCUCCGCCUUCUCGGCGCCACCACACCCAAAACCGGCCGUCGCACGGCCAAGUCUGCCCGCAAGGUCGUGAGACCGAGGGAGCCCAAGAGCCUCAGGGCGGCGGAUGAAAAGCAGGAGCAGGACGUCGAGGCGCGGAGCCCCGAUGCCGCCGCCACCGCCACCGCCGCCGUUUCCGCUUCCGAGGCGGCCGUGGCGGGCAAGUACUGGGCGCACCGGUACAGCCUCUUCAACCUCUAUGACCGCGGCGUGCGCAUGGACACCGAGGGCUGGUACUCCGCCACCCCGGAGUCCAUCGCGGCGUCGCAGGCCGCCCGCGCCGCACCCGGCGAUCUCGUCGUCGACGCCUUCGCCGGGUGCGGCGGCAACUCCAUCCAGUUCGCCGCCAGGGGCUGCUAUGUGGUCGCCGUGGAGAUCGACCCGCGAAAGGUGGAGCUGGCGGCGCACAACGCGAGGGUGUACGGCGUCGAGGACAGGAUCGAGUUCAUUGUCGGUGACUUCUUCCGCCUGGCGCCUUUCCUCAAGGCUAAUUUGGUGUUCCUUUCACCACCCUGGGGAGGGCCAUCAUACAUUCAUGCUCCAGUUUACACCCUUGAUAUGCUGAAGCCGAAAGACGGGUAUGCGACAUUUCAAGCAGCUCAGAAAAUAGCUCCUAACAUCAUGAUGUUCUUGCCGCGGACCGUGGACGUGACUCAAGUGGAGGAACUUUCCUGGUUGUCUUGCCCUCCCUUAGAUUUUGAGAGCGAAGAGAACUACGUGCACCACAGAUUCAAAGGAAUCACUGCCUAUUUUGGAAGACGUUGA